GGCCGUCGAGUGAAGAUCAUUUCUGUUCGAGACGCAUUCACAGUUCGUGUGUAAGGAAACAGGCCGCUAUUUAUUACGUUCUCAUUAAGAAUACGUUUGCCUACGUGUUUCUCGCCUCGGGAUAAUUCCUUAACGUGCUUUUACAUCAACCAUCAUGGUGAAUUAAAGGAUUAUGGUGUUUGAGUCGUAGGAUGGCCGAAUGCUACGACCAAGAGCAAGAAGAUCGGUACCGUCUCGUGCAUCGGCGUUUGGCCUAUCGGCCGGCCCCACCUCAUCGGCCAGAUGAUGAUGAGGACGAACCACCUGUUGUUGCUGCCUCGGCCGCAUCGUCUUCUACUGGCACAGCCCACCUGUUUGGAGGAUCGUUCCAGUUCAUUGUCCAGGAGCAAGCCAAGUCGAUGGUGGCCAUCCAGGAAUUGCAACAGGAAGUCGGCAGUCUACUCUUGUUCCGGCAGGCCGUUUUAGCCGCACUUCCGCAUCUCCAUCAGCCGCAACAACAGCAGCCAUCCAACGCUCUACUUGCAGCCCAAGGCAACGCCACCAAAAUCAUUGCUGCGGCCAAUACAAGUGCUGCUGCUGCCGCUCCAACCGCCAAUAUUGGAGGACAGAGCUGGACUCGCCGGAAGCAACAACACUUGCAACAGCAGCAACAACAACAAUUAACUGGCGGGGGUGGCUAUCGUAGCCUGCAGGAUGGGUCAUCGGAUCAGCCGACGGCUGCCAUCACGUCCAGCAGCAGCAACAAUCCCGUGGUGGAUUCGGGUUUUAGUACAGAGGCCAGCAACAGCAACACGAGUCCGCGCAGCAGCCGAUUCGACACGGCCUCGUCGUCGGAGAUGACGAUGCCGCAUCAGCAGCAACAACAACAACAGCCAAUGGAGAAGGAACUGUUGCAACAUUUAGAGCGCGUCCAGCAACGAUUGGCCCGGCUCAAGAAAGACGAGGAUCGACUGCUGACUCUGUUGAAUUUGAAACGCGUGGUCAAUGCGACGCAGAGCGGAGGGACGGCCGCGGUCAAUGAAGACGGCGACGAGUUGUGGAUCCUAUUGGAGGAGAUUCAAUUGCGGAGUCAAGCGAUGCGCAAUUCGGCCGACGCCAAGGACGCGGUGAACAAACCGGAAGAGGCCGUCCACAGCCAUCAACAGCAAUCUUUGAGUCAUAAAAAGCGAGUCAGUUUUCAACAGCAACAACAGUUACUAGAAACAGAAGGCAGUCAUCGCGUUGUUGUCGCUGACUCGGUUGAUGUUCUUCCGUCGCCUGCGGGCAAAUUGUCGUGCAGCACUUUAUCGAGCAGUUCACCGUCCCGCUACCAGCCGCCCACCCGAGACCAGGUAGCCGCCAUCCUCAGGCUCACCAAUCCGGUGGAGCUGCAGCGCCAUCUGCUCCGCGCUCUGCUGGACAAUCAGACGUUGAGGGAGCAAGUGGAAAGCGGAAGAUGCGACGUCGAGUCACGUGACGUCCAAUGGCGCACGAAAAACCAAUUGGCCGUCGAACAGAUGACGGCGCUACGUGAUGAAAACGAAGAUCUGCGGUUCCAGUUGGAAGAACAGAAGAUCGAGCUGGAAGGUACGAAAGCGCGAUUGCGAAUGCUCAAUCGCGUUCCAUCGCCGUCUCCGCAUCAUCAUCAUCACGGAGCACCGGCCGUGACGAGUGUUCGCGUCCGCGCCACAUCGACGCAAACGGACCGACCAACGACCCUUCUCCUUCAUCAUUCGCCCGCCCCAUUACCGGCCAAAAGCGUGCACCAGUGUUGCAGCCAAGGCACCCAGACGACCGUGGCGGAAUUAUUGGCGGAAGACAACAACAAUAAAGUUGUUGUUGUCGCUAGUGGUGGUGGUGGUGGUGGUGGCCGGGCGUUGCCUCGAGUGGUUGACGCUUCGCCAAAACCUCAGAAAUUGGUGUCUAAAUUGGUGGACUUGGCUCACGGCAAUGGCGGGAAAGUGAACGGCUCGGGAAGUUCGUGGGGCGAUCCGGACGAAGAGCGGCCGAGUGUCGAGGGUGGCAGGCGAAGUUAUUCCAGCCGCAUUCCGACGCCCAUCAAGCCCACAGUCAUCCCGACGAACGCGGCCUCGACGCCGGCCGUCGUCAGCGUCAACAAUUACAACAACAACAACAGCAGCAGCAAAAUGGUGUCUGCCCUCGCGGCAUCAACUACUCCGUCCAAAAGAGAGCUGCCCGAUAUACCCGCCACCAACAAGAUGAUGAUGACCAAGUCUCCCCUCGGUGUAGUGACUCCGGUCAGCACGAAAAUCUACCAACAACGAGGCACCAAAUCCGAUCCGGCCAAUGCAGUAGUCACAACGAAGGUUCGUUUGCCGGUUGGAUCAUCCCACAAAUUGCGGACACGAUUGGCUCUGACGGAUUCGCUGUCGUCGUCUGAAGAUCAACAACAGCAACAACAACAACAUUCGGAUCAUCACAAAGUCGAAGAUUAUUACGACAGCAUCAACGCGAACAACAAGAAUCGCGGCAGUCCCAUGUACCAGGUGCAGCAACACCACAGCCCUGUUGACAGCUUGGAACGCUCACUGCCAUCUGUGGGCAUUCCCUAUAACUAUCAGCGCCGCGUUGCCGUCACUCAGCAACGUGAUAACCGCAGCUACAACAGCCAGAGCUCGGCCGGCAGCAGCACGACGCCCAGCAAUAGUCUCUCUUUCCACCACCCAUGAGUUCCUCUUUUGUUUCUUUUUUUUUUUCGUUAAUGAGAAAGAAAAAAAAACAAGUAACGUAACGUGUGUCUUACGAGACAUUAAUCUAAGAAAGAAAGAAAAAAACCAAAGUUCCACCCAAUCCCACCCCAAACUGACACCAACUAACCGCAGUAGAUCAACAAACAUGUUUGGAAAUUUCCUCCCCCUCCUCGCCCUUGCCAGAUGAGUUGAUGUGAUAUCUAACAAGAAAGAUGAAGGAAAAGAAAAAGAGGUGAAAAACCUUGAAAAAGAAAAUACUACAUUUCGUUUUCUAUCUUAUUUAAAUGUCCUUCAAUGUAUUCUCCCUAUUUGUCGUAUAAUAAUUAUACAUAGCGGUAUACCACUUGUGAUAAUGAUAUUAUGUAGCUGCUCGGACUGGGUUUUUUUUUCUCUCUUGUCUUUACAAUUUUUAUACCACCAAUCCUUAAUUAUAGUUUUUUUGGCCCGAAUUUGUUUUGUUCUGUGUGCAAUGACAUUGCUUCUCAAAAGCCUUGCCUGUCCUCUUAAUUUACUUUGUGUACUAUUGGACCCCAUCACUUAUUAUACAGAUAGUGGUGAAAUUUGCUGCUGACACAGGCUAAUACUGUUUAUGUUGGCUAAAACUACUUUUUUUUGUUGAUGUGUGCAUGUCUUAUCCUCCUGCCCCGUAUCAUGAAAACUCAAUCCAUGUGUAUAGGUUUCUCCAAUCAUUAUGUAAAAAACGCGCGCGCGGAUCUCCUCAAGUCACUUUGAAAAAAAAAAAUGAAGAAAAAAAAUACACUACGAAUUGGACGUGAUUUCAAUCGAAAAAAAAAAUGAAA